CACAAAUGAAAGGUGGUUUGUAGAGAAGUAGUAGUACCAACUACCAAGUAAGUGUGGUGGAGUGGGGGCGGUGCGGCAAAAGUUGCAUGUCCUGCAAAAGGUGGCGGGCAUAACGGAAUACCUGAAUUAAGAAAAGCAUCUUGCUUUCUGAUUCGGAUUUUCUCUUCUCGUUGAAGUUUUCUGACACCCACCUAUCUAUUCCUCGCUCAACUAAGUGCGUGCCCCCGUAUGACUACUGUAUAGAGAGAGAGAGAGAGAUUUGAGUCGUGUGUAUAUAGAUACAAGUAUUCAAGAUUCGAAAUUCUUGAUCGAUCGAGAUUCCAAGAAAGAUCGAAAAAGAGGCCGGGCGGGCGGCUUUUGGGAUUGAUUAAAGAAAUGGGUAAAGCCGCAGCAGAAGGAUUGUUAUUGAUUUUGGUGAUAGCGGCGGCGCUGGCAUGGAAGGGGCGCGGCGGGAGCGUGGGAGUGAACUGGGGGACGAUGUCCUCGCACCAGUUGCCGCCGCGCAGUGUGGUGAAGGCCCUCAAAGACAGCGGCUUCGACAGGGUGAAGGUGUUCGAGGCGGAGCCGCAGAUCCUGGAGGCGCUCGCCGGCUCCGGCAUUGAAGUCAUGCUCGCCCUCCCCAAUUUCAUGUUGCAGGAGAUGAGCCAACACCCCGCUGCUGCCCAGGCUUGGGUGGACGCCAAUGUCACCGCCUACUGCCCCGCACUCAAAAUCAGGUACGUUGCAGUUGGAAAUGAGCCCUUCCUCAAGACUUACAAUGGCUCUUUCCUGGCUGACACCUUGCCUGCGUUGCAAAACAUUCAACACGCCCUCGACCAGGCUGGCCUCGGAGCCGACGUCAAGGCCACCGUUCCCUUCAAUGCUGACAUUUACUUCUCCCCCGACUCCAACCCCCUCCCUUCCGCCGGAGAUUUCAGGCCCGAAAUACGCGACCUCACCAUCCAGGUCAUCCAAUUCCUCAGCUCUAACGCCGCCCCUUUCGUCGUUAACAUCUACCCUUUCCUCAGCCUCUACAGCAACCCCUACUUCCCUUUUGACUUUGCCUUCUUUGAUGGAUCCAACAAGCCUGUCCGGGAUGGGAGUGCCGUGUACACCAAUGUCUUCGAUGCCAAUCUCGACACUCUCAUUUGGGCGCUCAGGAAAGCCGGGUACCCGAACAUGAAGGUCAUGAUCGGGGAGGUCGGGUGGCCCACCGACGGGGACAAAAGUGCUAAUGCUGAAAACGCGCAGCGCUUCAACCAGGGGCUCAUCCAGCACGCUUUGAGCGGGGAAGGGACUCCGAUCAGGAAGGGCCAGAUUGAUUUCUACCUCUUCAGCCUCAUUGACGAGAACGCAAAGAGCAUUGCCCCCGGGAGCUUCGAGAGGCAUUGGGGGAUUUUCGAGUUCGAUGGGAAGCCCAAGUACGAACUGGAUUUGUCAGGGAAGAAGCAAAACAAAGGGCUUGUUGCAGUGGAAGGGGUGGCAUACAUGCACAAGAGGUGGUGCAUUUUGAACCCUGAGCUCAAAGAAUUGGACGAUUUGGCAAGAAACAUCGAUUACGCGUGUAGCCUUUCGGAUUGCACCGCUCUGGAGUACGGGUCUUCUUGCAACCAUCUGAGUGCACAGGGGAAUGCGUCUUAUGCCUUUAACAUGUACUAUCAGUUCAAGAAUCAGAACAGUUGGGAUUGCGACUUCUCGGGGUUGGCUGUGGUGACAGAUGUGGAUCCAUCCGAGGGUGAGUGCCAAUUCCCGGUGAUGAUCACUGAAGCCCAUUCUGUGAUGCUUCUGCAUAAGAAGCUUUUGUACAUUUUACUGGCCAUUGCUCAAGGCUGCAUCGUGUUCUUGCUUCUCGUGUCUUAAUUAAUUACUGCCGCCACAUACAAUUGCAUCCCAGACUUUCUUGGUUCAGUUUAGAGACCAUUUAAUGCAAAGGCAGCUUAGCAUGCCCUCUUAAUUACAUCACCUGUCUGCAGUACUCGUAAUGUUUAAAGAAGCAACGGUACUGACCUGGGGGAAAAGUUUAGUUUCUUUGUGCAUCCAGUUAUCCUCAGCAGACGCCACUCCGGCCCUUGUUCAUGCUCAAUGCAUGCUGAUCAGCUAUUUUUUUUUUUUGAAUGGUUAGAGGAUUAAGGUAGCAUUGUGUGAAUAAGAAUUUCUAAUUGAUAUCAUCAUUGAAUACUUUUUUGUAUUCGAUAAUGAACUGAUGGAAUAAAUGCUACCUUCCCUGACUAUGAAUACAAGGCCUAGAGAAUUGUGUUUUGCUAUGCUUUGUUGGUAGUGUGCGAUUGCUUGAUGUAGUGAGUGUGAUGAAAUUUGUAGACUGUAGUGGAAAUAGAAGUUAAGUUCACUAAAAUUAGAUGUUGUAGCAUGUCCUCACUUGAUGGAUAUAAUGUCCACUUUAUAUAAAGGUCUUCUUGUACAUGUCAUUUACAACGUUUUGUGUAUAUAAAGUCUGUCCUUGGUUGAUGGAUAUAAUGUCCACUUUAUAUAAAAGGUCUUCUUGUACA